AUGAAGCUUAACAUUGCUUAUCCAGUAACAGGUUGUCAAAAAUUAAUCGAUAUUGAUGAUGAUCGUAAACUACGGCCAUUCAUGGAAAAACGCAUUGCUCAAGAAGUUGAUGCUGCUUGUUUAGGUAAUGAAUGGAAAGGUUAUACAUUACGUAUAACAGGUGGAAAUGACAAACAAGGUUUUCCAAUGAUGCAAGGUGUUUUAACAAAUCAACGUGUACGUUUAUUACUUGAUAAACGUCAUAAAUGUUAUCGUCAACGACGAAAAGGUGAACGUAAACGUAAAUCUGUUCGUGGUUGUAUUGUUGAUGGAAAUUUAUCAGUAUUAGCAUGUGUUAUAACUAAACGUGGUGAACAAGAUAUUGAUGGUUUAACAAAUAAAACAAUUCCACGACGUCUUGGACCAAAACGUGCAAAUCAUAUUCGUAAAUUAUUUAAUUUAAGUAAAGAAGAUGAUGUUAGAAAAUAUGUUGUUAAAAGACCAUUAACAAAAGAAAGUAAAAAACCACGUGUUAAAGCACCGAAAAUUCAACGUUUAAUUACACCACGACGUAUUCAACGUAAAAGACAUAUGUUAUCAUUGAAAAAACGACGAGCUGAAAAACAACGUGUUCUUCAAAAUGAAUUUGCUAAAUUACUUCAACAAUAUGCUAAAGAAAAACGUGAACGUAAACGUAGUGAAUCAAAACGUCGUUCAUCAUCACGAUUAUCGGAAUCAAAAGCAUAA